GACUGACUCCCUCCCCUCCCCAACUCCACUACAGCGUACGGAGUACUACACCACACCUUCCUCCGAAGAAGCUUACAAAACCGACUAAACCGACUAAACCAACCAACAAAUAACCUAACUAAUAAACCUACUAAACCCACUAACCCUUGGCCGCAACCAUCCAAACCGCACCCCUAAUAACGCGCCCCAACCAGCCCCCUACCGCCCCGAGUUUGUCCCUAAACCCGCCUAACAACAGUAGCUCCGGUUGGUCUAACUACGUACAGAUUACUCCAGAUCCAGAACCCACCGCCAAACCACAGCCACACCGCAGACCACAGUUCGACAAUCCAAUCCCCGCCUCCAGCCAUUAUUAUUUGUCUCUCGAUCAUCAAGGAAGGGAAGAAAGCGCCGUCAGAACUGAUCCAUCGAUCCAUCCAUCGAUCCAUCCAUUCUAUUCCCACCUCACCUCAUCUCUUCUCUUCCAUCAUCGUUCUCUCUCCUCUCCCCUCGUCCAGCCACCCAACUAUCCAACUUUCUCUCCAAUUCACCCCUGACUGUGUGUCCAGGCUUGGCUUUUGUUUUCUGUGGCCUCAAGCGGAAUCUCGCUCCCCCCCCGGUGUAGUCAGGUAGUUUUUUUCGUUUUAUUUUUUGGCGCCCAUUCUCCUCCCUAGAACACUCUCUACCCUACCCUUCCACUAUCGCUCAAACCAGCCUCUCCACCAAGGGCUACAAUUGAAUCCUUCUAUCGUCGUCAGCUUCUUUGUCGUCAUCAGCUUCUUUGUCGUCAUCAUUCCCUUCACCUGGACUUGUAGUAGUCCAAGCCUCCCACGAGUUUCGGUUCUCUGCAACCCCAGACCACCACAACCAACCACAUUGCUGUCACCAUGGCUUCAAAGUUCCUUCGAGAAUACAAGCUGGUCGUUGUCGGUGGAGGCGGUGUUGGAAAGUCAUGUUUGACCAUCCAAUUGAUCCAGAGUCAUUUCGUCGAUGAAUACGAUCCAACAAUCGAAGAUUCAUACCGGAAGCAAUGUGUUAUCGACGAUGAGGUUGCCUUGCUGGACGUUCUUGACACAGCUGGACAGGAAGAAUACUCAGCAAUGCGAGAACAAUACAUGCGGACAGGCGAGGGUUUCCUGCUGGUCUAUUCCAUCACUUCUAGACAGUCAUUCGAGGAAAUCAUGACUUAUCAGCAACAAAUACUGCGCGUGAAGGACAAGGACUAUUUCCCCAUCAUUGUUGUGGGCAAUAAGUGCGACUUGGUGAAAGAACGGGUCGUGUCUGAACAAGAGGGUGAAGCAUUGGCCCGCGACUUUGGCUGCAAAUUCAUCGAGACCUCCGCGAAAUCUCGCACGAAUGUUGACAACGCGUUCUACGAUAUCGUACGGGAAAUUCGCCGCUAUAACAAAGAGAUGUCAUCGUAUUCGUCGGGGGGAGGCGGUUAUGGAUCCCGAGCCCCAGAAAAAAUGGACAUGGACGACCGCGAAGACGCGCAGGGAUGCUGCUCAAAAUGCGCCAUCAUGUAGAUGGGGAAAAACCUCGUUAAACGACCAAAAACAAAGAAUUGUUGACUGCGAUUAAAGGAAAGGAAAAUAAAGAAGGAAAACAGAUUUAAAGAAAAUAUACGAAGACGGAACCACGAUACACAUGCAACCAGACAAUUUAUCAUUCUCCGCUUUCUACGGAAGAAUCAAAAGAGAAGAAACACAAAUUUAAAUACCCUACGAGUCGAUAGAAUGAUGCUGGACGACACUCUUUUCAAAAUCCACGGAAGCUUCGAAAUACGAGAACGCCCUUUUGACUCUCAGUUCGCAUUCCUGUAUUGCUUUAAUGGACCGAAAUUCUCCCCAACCACCUACUUUUCUUAUACCGCCAUUUCCCUCCUGCUCAGGUUUUGUCCCCGAGGAGCCAACAAUUUACUCUCCUCCCUCCCCCGCCAACAAAAGUAUUCCCAUCCUGAUAUCACUAUUUUUGUACUUCCCCUGUCGAGUCGGGCCAAAGGCAACACCAGCAAUUUACUCUGGUCCAAUCUCGCCUGCCCAACGCCCCUUUAUAUUUUUCACCUUUCACCGCUACAUAUAUUGUUCACCGCACGAACCUUCAACCUCAACUCUAGUUUAUUUCCUGUUGUAUGCUCCAUUUUUCCACCCUAUUCUUCUCUUUCUUUCCUUGUUCUCGUUCAUUUCUGGGCGCGUAUUUCACAGUACAUUUUUUUUUUUUCGUUUUUACCCAAUCUCUAUUUUAUAUUUGGUCCCUCUACAACCUUCUCUCUCUACCCUACCUCUCUUUUCAUUUUGUUUAUUUUUUUAUCUUAUUUCAUUUUCAACUGUCCUUAUUCCAUUCCUUGAAAUUCCUGCGUCGCUAUUCUAUACCUAUAUCGCCAUUUCAUCUAAAUCCCACCUUCUCGCCCGUCCAUUCCCUCACAAAUCACACCGUAUCCAACAAUGCAUGUGAAGACUUGUUCCUUUUUUUUUUUUUUUUUUUUUUUUUUUUUUUUUUUUUUUUUUUUUUUUUUUUUUUUUCCCGAAUAAUAUUUGGGUAGGUGAGCAGAAGAAGAGCGCCUUAGUGCGGAUCAAGACCAUUAAAUACAACGUUCAUGUAGCUCGCAGUCGGCUUUUCCCGUCUAUUAACUCCUUUUCAUCCUCUCUGCUAUACUCGGUUUGCUCUUCAUCUAUUUUAUGCUUUUUUUUUUAAAAAAAAAAAAAAAUAAUGCUCCCUUCUUCAAAUCUCUCUCUCCCACCCUUCCUCAAUUGAAACUGGGUCUAUAUUUGUGCCUAGUUUGUUGUUUGUCGCCUUUGUUUCUGUCUUUGUUUGGCUUUAUGGUUCACUUCUCUUUCAUGCGUGUGUGAAAUCUCGUCAUCUAGAAUCCAGUUAUCAAACUUUUUGUUUUUAGUUCUUGCUUUCUUUUUAUAUAUUAUAUUCCAAUUAUACUAUUUUACCUAUUUCUCUUUCCAUCCUUCUUGCUUGUUCAACCCUGCUUUUCUCUGAUCUUCUUUUCCUCUCCCUUUUUUUCGUCGCGCAAGUCCUGUCUCUAGGUUAUAUUGUCUCUAUUCUCUCUUUCUUUUCAACCUUAUCUGUGUCUCUUACAAGUUAUGUUUCACCUUUUUAUCAUUUCCUACUCUUCAUUUCUUCAUUAUUUUUUAAAUCAAUCAAUCUACUAUUUUACCUUAUUGUCUCUACAUUCAAGUUACCAAUUUCAUCAGAACACGGUUUCAGAGAAAAGUUUUGCAUAUGAUCUAGUCAGAUGAGGGGGUUGUGAAAUCUUCUGUCCUCCCACAGAUAAAAUGGCCCUAUCUAUUUUUUUUCAUUCAAUAUACACAACUACUACCUGUGAGUAGAUCGACAGCCGGGGAUCGGGGUUCUCCGUCCCAGCGUGGGUAAAGAUCAGUUACAUAUGUCACCAAGCACUUGGGUCAUUUCAACAAGCGAGAGGAUCAAUCACACCCGAGACGUUUAACCGUGUAGCCCCCAGUUUUCCGCGCCUUUCUGGCCCGAUUUGUUAUUGAUAUUAUUAUUGUUUUUACUCAACGAUGGCAUGAUACAUUACAUCAUAAAAGCUUCCCGCAUUUCACACAUACAACAUAACCCCCUUCACCCGUUCCGUCAUUUAGAUCAUUUCCAUUAGGGGUGCCCGUUCCAGUUCCACCCCGCGUAACCCCAGUGCGUGCGUGCCACGCAAGAAAUGUGUACCCAGGCCGGGUGCCAGGCAUGGAACAGAAUCAAUAUCGAAUCUUCGACUGACACACGUGUUUCCUGCUGGUAAUUUUAGAAUGGAGAGUGGGAAAGCAGGGGCAAAAAAAAAAAAAAGGGUGAAGUCCCCUCUCGCCCUUGAAAUUCACGUAGGAGCCAUAGUUUAGGCGUUUUCGAACUAAUAAUCCAUUAUUAUACACAUCUCUCUUGCCCUGAAUAUCUCUUCCUACCACAGGAUUUCAUCUAGCACUGAUGAUGUACCUAGGUGCCAUACAUCCCUCCAUAUUUCAUCAUCAUACGAACAAGUGUCAGUCUCUAGGGGUGUUGAUAGACUUUGUCCGUCUGUGUCUUUCUCCGGAGAAUGAAAGAACGAAAGAAUGAAUUGACUGAAGGAGCCUGUGUCUGUUGGGGAUUCUGCUUCCAUGAACAACGAAACGCAGCCGCUCGUCGUUUCAUCAAUCCACAAGUGGUGGUCCUGAAUCUACUGUUGAGAUGAGAUGAAUUCUUGCUGCGAGGGGAAACUAUCACGGAAACAAAUUCUACUCUACCCUAGGGAUGGAAUGAGUAG